AUGCGCGAAUUUAACAUCUUUUUACACAUCCUUUUUCUUCCAUAUUUUUCUUAUGUUAAUGCAUUUUAUAAUGUGACUGACGAUAUUAUAUUUGACCUGAAGUGGUCUGGUAGUCCUAUUAAAUCUCGAGAGGAAAGUGAUGCAGUCGAAAUCAGAACAACUGUUGGGGAAGAUUAUGAAUGUGUUAUACCUACGUUGCUGCUUAAAACAAACGAAAACGGCCGAAAAAGCUCAGAUUUAGUGGAUGAAGAAACUAUUUUACAGCCUUUAUUUACGGAACAACCAUGUAGUAUCAGAUCUGAAUCAUACUGGAGUUAUGAACUCUGUCAUAAUCAACAUAUAAGACAGUUUCAUGAAGAAAGAAAACUGAAAAAGAGUUUUUCAGUUCAAGAGUUUUAUUUGGGACAUUAUGAUCCAAGUCCGAAAAUAGAGAAGGGUGCUCAUAAACAAGACUACGAUGCACCAAAAACAGUUACUUUAGGCGAAAACUCCUACCCUUAUUAUGAAGUCAAUUAUAUUGAUGGGACCUUGUGUGAUUUGAUUCAGCAGCAUCGUUCAACAACGGUUAUGUAUAUAUGUCAUGAAAGUAUUGGUGGUCAGAUUGUAGAUAUAUCUGAGAUUCGGACGUGUCAAUACCAAGUGGUCUUUGCCACAAAACUUCUUUGCUCACAUCCUAUGUAUAAGCAAAAACGUGCACAUACAAAUGCAAUUUCAUGUCAUUCAAAAAAUGGUUCACCAAGUAAACCUAUGGCAUUACUUGCACUUGAAGCUGAACGAAGAAAGCUUCAAUCUCAAACUUUCAGUAAUCUGGCAGCUUUGCUGAGUGAUGCAUUCAAGUCGAAAAUAAAAGUUACGGCGAAACGUGAGAAGGAUGUGGUCCUGUAUCAGGUACAAUCUACUGAAGAUUUGAAAACCGAUUAUACUCCUAGCAAAGAUAUUAAUAGCGGUAGUAGUGAAGAAGAUAAUCGGUGGUCAACUGCAGCACCAACUGCAAAGUCAUCCGCCCCUGAUCAACCGACUACAAUAAAAACUGCAAGUGAUAAUCAAGUGAAAGAAUUUCUACACGGUAAAUUAUGCCUUUCUGGUAAACUAGGCUGGUGGACACAUGAAAUAUGCUUUAAUAAGCAUGUACGACAAUAUCAUGAGGAUGAAAAUGAAUUGAAUAAUCGAGAAAUUCGUCUUGGUAAUUGGGAUUUGCAUACACAUGUAAAAUGGAUGAAAGGGAAAUCGUCAACUGAGAAACAAAUCUCAAGUAUCCCUUCAGAUAGACAAAUUUCAUUGUAUUAUGGUAAUGGGGAUUUAUGUCAAGAAACUGGAAAAUUACGAGAAACUGUUGUAAAAUUGAAAUGUUUACCUUCGACGAACAGUGGAAUAAGUUUGGCGUUUUCUGAGCCUAAAACAUGUGUAUAUUCUAUCCUGGUUGAAAGUUCAAUGUUCUGUGAUAUAAUACCGUUAGCUGAUGAAAAUGGUAUAAUACCUUUGGAGAAAGUUUAA